AUGUCGGGUGGAAGUAGUAUAGUUGUACCUAUGGUAUUAUGGGGCAAGUAUGCACCUACUCAUUGUAUAUCAGCCAUAUUGGCUACCCAAGAUUUAAAGAAUAUUGUCACUGGUUGUAAUGAUGGACAGAUUCUAGUGUGGGAUUUAACAGAUAGUGGACAGGUCUAUCCAAGGAGUAUGUUAUUUGGUCAUACAACAUCUAUUAGUUGUCUUGCUUUAGGUAGCAAUCAGUCAACACAGCCAUAUAUAGUUAGUGCUUCUGAAAAUGGAGAGAUGUGUUUAUGGGAUAUUAGUGAUGGAAGAUGUAUAGAGUAUACUAAACUGACACAAGUACAUACUGAUAUGGUGUCUCAUCAUUUCUCUCACAGUAAAGAUUUACAACUAGUUUGUAAUGGAUAUUAUCCUGAAGUUCUGAUUAUUAAUCCUGUUACAUUCGAGAUUGUUCUUAGUUUAUCAUCCAAGGUUGUACCAGACUGGAUCAGUGCUUGUUGUGUAUUGAAACCUGUAAAUAAAGAGGGGUUAUACAUUAUAGGGGAUGUGGUGUUAGCUAUAUCUAACUCUGGUACAGUUAAAGUAUGGACAUUAACUAGUAUAGAAGCUAAGUUAAAGACAGUAUAUGAAGAUGAGUCGAAACAAAUUCGAUGUUUAAACGCUCAGACUCUAACUUGUUGUAGUGAAAAUCAACGUACAGUUUUAAUAGUCUGCUCCAAAUACUGGCAGGUAUAUAAAUUUCGACAUCGUGGAUCACAAAUGUCUAGGCAUGAAGAAAUGAUCUAUGAUGCCAGUGAUUUUACUCUGUUAUGUUCUGAAUCCAGUCGUGUUGGAGAAAGAUGGAGUGGAGGAGAUUUUGUUAGUAUUGAUAGAGUUUUAGUCUGGAGUAACGAAGGCAAGGGAUAUUUAUUCAAAUUGCCCACAAAUGCUGACCCUAGAAGUAGUGAAUACAGACAUCAUCAACCAACCAGCCCUCAUGCUUACUAUGUUUUAGAUAUUUAUACUGAAAAGCCAUUGGUAUGUACCCCAGCUAUGACGUACUGUAAGAGUGUAAAUGGAAGGAAGAAUUUACUACGUGGUGACAGUGAGGGUAAAGUUAUAAUAUGGACACUACCUGAGGUCUCGGAGAAACAAAUGACUCUAGUUAGACAAGAAAGCUUUGAUAGGCUUCCAGCUCUAUCACCACGUACCAGUACUACAUUACAAGAUGUAUGGGAUAGUUUAUAUAAAUACCCAGCUGGUAUACUAGAAGACUUGUGUACAGAUGAUGAGAAUGAACUACGUAUAACAUCUACUAUCUAUAUACCAUCACAAGGUAAAAUAGUAUGUGGUCGACAGAAUGGUAGUUUAGUUAUUGUACCAGCUACUCAGAGUAUUAUAUUUCAACUACUAGAAACUCACUUUAUUACUAAAGAUUCUAUUUCCAAACAGAUAUUAGAGGGUCAUGAUGGAAGAGUAACUUGUUUAUUAUACCCCUUUAAUGAGAGUACUAGAUAUGAACCACAACAUUUACUGUCAGGGGGUGCUGAUUUCUCAGUAAUAUUAUGGGAUAUAUAUUCAGGGUAUAAGAUACAUACCUUCACAGUACAUGGUGGAGAGUUGACACAGAUGACUGUUCCUCCGUCUAAUUGUCAUCUAGAUAGAGUGGUACAAGGUAUAACAGCUGAAGAAAUCCUGAAUAACUGUGAUGAGAACGCUACACCCAUGGAGAACCUCACUAACCCUAGUCUAACAUUAGCACAAGCCUUCAGACGUAGAAACUUUGCAACAUUUCGUAAUCUAGCUCAACAGAGAUUACAAGCUAGUCAACAUCAACAACAGACCAGUCAGGGCCCCAAGUCAGAGUUUGUAAAACCAACUGGUUAUCCUAUGUUAAUACAGGGUGUUAGAACUAAUACUAGAGACUCUGAUUCUCAUGUUUUAUUCUUCGAUACUGAAUCUCUAAUAGUUCAGUUAUUAACAGAAGAGUUUGCUAUGUUAUCACCUGGAGAACUAGAAGCGAGAGGAUUUUUAACACCUGUAGCUGACAGAGUGGCAGGCUAUCAACCUGAAAUUAGUGAUGCUCAACAAAAAAUAGCAGGUUUGAUAGCAAAAGCAAAAGAAAAAGCUGAUACAUUGGGUCAAAAAAUACAAGACAAGGUACAGACGGCUGGUCUAGGAUUAAACAAAGAAUCUUCCUCUUCUCAGAAAGGUUUUAAUUUUAACAACUCAGCCUCCACAGAUGAUAUGACCAAACCAGAAUCUCUUCCAUUCCAGGAGAAUAUGACAAUGCAGAUAGCCCAGAUUUUUAUGUCUUGUCUCCAUGCUUGGGGUCUAGAUCCAGACUUAGACAAGCUAUGCCUGAAUAAACUUGGUCUUUUAAAACCACAAUGUCCCAUUUCGUUUGGGCUCUUAUCGAGACAGGGGCACAUGUCCCUCAUGCUGCCAGGCUGGCAUAAACGUGUUUGUCAGAAUGAAUUGGCUGAUUUAAAAGGAACAUGUGCUGGACGACCUAAGCUCAGUGAAGCUAAGAGUGUAUCAUUCGCUGAACCAGAUCCAGUGCCGAGUUCGUCCACCCCAGCUAAGCCCACUCUACUGGCUCAGAGAACUGGUAGUAUACCAUUUGAUGAUGAAGAACUAUACAGUAGUGAUGAAAAUCAGAAUGCAGGAGGUAAAGAUGAGGUAUUUGAUAAAGGUGUAUCUGAUAAGAAUGCUACAGCUUUACAACAAGAAACUGAAAUAUUUUCAACCAAGGCAAGAUGGCAGAUAUCUAGUGCUGUAACAACUCAACAUUUAUUAAGUGUAAUAUCUGUAGCUAAUACCAUGAUGAGUAUGAGUUGUGCCAGUUUUCUCAUGAAAAUUAAAAGAAUAUCAAAAAGGAAACAGCGUGGAAGUAUAGCAGGAACUAGUUUAUCGUCAGGAGAAGACGAAGAUCAACAAGUUAUGCAGCAGGCUCAGAUUAAACAGGGUUGGAGUUUAUUAGCUGCCUUACAUUGUGUAUUAUUACCAGAGUUGGUGGGCGCUAAUCAUUAUGAACCACCACAGUUAGAAAUGUUAGCUAGAAGAUGGCAAGAUAGAUGUCUGGAGAUUCGUGAAGCAGGACAAGCUUUAUUACUAGCUGAACUGCGUAGAAUUGGUAUUGAGGGUCGUAAAGCUAUAGUAGAUGAUUGGUCACCUUUCCUACCAAUGUAUGUUGAUCCUAAUCAUAGUCUAUUGAGUGAUGCUCAACGUGGAGAUGAUGAGGAUGAUGAUGAAGAUGAUGAACAAAUGUUGGCAGGAGACCUACCACCACAUAAAGUAUCUAUAUCAUUUGAGAGUCGUAGAAAACAGGCUACAGCUAUAGUGAUGUUAGGGGUUGUAGGAGCUGAAUUUGGUCAUGAGAUAGAACCAAGUAGACGUAAGGUGGAGGAGACUAAUAAGAAAGGAAGUAGAAAACCACAAGAAGGAUUUAGUCUUACCAACUAUUCUCUUUCUAGACAUACCAGUAAAGCCCUGACAUUCCUAUUGUUAACACCACCGAACUCCCGUCUGCCAGCUCAUACACCAAUACGUCGUGCUGCUAUAGAUUUAAUAGGGCGUGGGUUUACUGUAUGGGAACCUUAUCUAGAUGUAUCAGCUGUAUUACUGGGAUUAUUAGAACUCUGUAUUGAUGCUGAUAUUCUAGUUCCAAGUAUGACAUAUGGUUUACCAUUAUCUCCUGCAGCUGAUGCUGCUCGAACAGCAAGACAUGCAUUAACAUUGAUAGCUACAGCAAGACCAGCUGCUUUUAUUAUCACCAUGGCUAAAGAGGUGGCUAGAUAUAAUGCCCAGGCUCAGAAUGCCCAGUCACAACACACACAUCUUCAGAAUCUAGUCCUAGUACGAGCCAGACAUGAAAUACAACACAUUCUAGAACUAAUGGUGGAGAAGAUGCCCAAUGAAAUAGCUGAUAUUUUUGUAGAGACUGUAGAUGUUGUGGUCCAUUGUUUAGAUAUGGCUCAAUUAAAAUCAAAAGGGUUACAAGAGUUAUUUCCUGCUAUUUGUAGGUUUAGUAUGGUGUCUCACUGUAGUCAAACUAAACGAAUCUGGGUAGGAGCUAAAAAUGGUAAUUUAGCAUUAUAUGAAAUGAAACAACAUUCUAAAUGUCAGUUGAUCCCAGCUCAUCAAGGUCCUAUUAUAGCAGUCAGUAUCAAUCCAGAUGGAAAAUAUCUCUGUACAUUUUCACAUGUUGACUGUAAACUCAAAUUCUGGCAGACAGCCUCAUCUUCUAUAUUUGGUAUUGGAUCUCAACAAACUAAGUGUAUACGUCAAUAUUCAGUACAACCCAUUCCAGUUACACCAUUAACUAAUAUUCUGAAACUGGUUAGACUAGUAUGGAUUGACAAUAAAACAGUUGUUUUACUGACUGUAGAAGGCAAAGAAACCAAAUUUUCAGUAUAA